AUGUUGGUUGUUGAUGAAGAUAAAAUGAGAUAUUCAAAUGUACAAAAAGAAGAAGAAGAAAUAAUGAAUAGCAGUAGUAAUAGUAAUAAUAUUAAUAUGACAAUACCAAAAGUUCAAACUAUUCAUAAUCAUAAACAACCAAAAGAUGAAACGAGUAGUACAAAGAGAAGACUAUUUGGUUUACAGGGGUUGAUAGCAUUUAAAGAGGCAUUGAUUACAGUGGUAGCAUCGAUUGUAGUGUUUAUACCAUUUGGGUUCAACGAGAAUUCUUUGGUCUUGGUGCCAGUGUUUUGUGUCAUCAUUGCCAAUACACUGUCGACGUGGACCGGUGUAAUGAAUGGAACGAUCGUCGUACUGGGUACAGGUGUUGCUACGUUGUUUUGCUAUCUCAACUUUCUCAUUAUUCCACAUCGACACUGGUGGAUUACAUUCAUUACAACCUUUAUAUUCACCUUUAUCAUUGCAUCGCUGUCGGUCGGACGACGUUGGUUCACACCACUAGCCGUCAAGAAAUGUCUCAUUGACAUUGCCAUCCUCAUGUACUUUUCACCACUGCACGACAAGAAUCAGCAGCUGUGGGAGAACUUUGUCAUUGGUCUCAUGAUCAUGGCAUCGAUUACUAUUGUCGGUAUGCUUGUCCUUCCCAUCUUAUCGACCCGUCUGUUUGUCGACAAGAGUGCCAAGACUCUCGACUCUAUCAGACACUUUUUCCGUGGUGUUGGGUAUCAGAUGGAAGCUCGUAUCAACUCGGAAGAGCCUGCCGUCUUAUUGGUCAAAAACUAUAGUUUCAACUUUCCCAUGUUCCCCGAAACCAUCGAUAACCAACUCAUGGUAUUGGACGAGGACAACAAUUUAAAAGAAUUUAAAGAUAAUCCUAGUAAUUUAAAUACUGUAGAUGCUAGUAUUUUGGAAAGUAUAAAGGCAUCUGAUACAGUAUUACUUCCUCCGCCAUCAUCAUUAUCACCGCAACCAUCAUCAUUAAAAGAUAGUAAUGGUAAUGUCGCAAGAUUACCAAUUACAAGAUCAACAGGAAUGGAUAGAUUGGGAGCUGAAAUUCUUACACCAACUUAUUCAGAGUUUGACGAAACUUUGGAUACUCCCACCAUUUCUACUGGCCAAAAGAGAAAAAAGGCAGUUUUAACAUCAUCAAUUAAAAUACCAGGAGAAAAAGAGUUACAUGAAAUGGACAACAAGUUGACAAAUGAAAUCAAUAGAUUGACUUUAUUGUUGGCUGAUUCUAGGGCAGAGAAAUGGAAUGCAACGUUGAUGCCUCAUUUUGAACAAUUAUUGUCACUUUUGGAAAUCAAUCACAAACAAUUAUUAUCUAUCAAGUUGUCGGUUCAACAUGGAUUCAAUCCACUGAUUGGUAAAGAGAUUAUACUUCCAAUGUUACCAUUACUCAAUAGUAUGAUUGAAGAAAUUUAUCUACAAAUUGGGUUCAUGGUCGAGGUGAUUAGAAAACGAUAUUCACCAAAAGACAGUCCAAUCGAUAGUAAACAACCAGACGGAAUAUCAUUAUCAAAAAAAACAAGAGAUUUAUUACAAGAAUCUUUUGAUGAAACGGAAGCUCUCCUAACAGUAUCUCAAGAAAUGUAUAAACAAGUUGUUGGUGAAUAUCAAAAAUCAAAUCUUCCAACUUUACCUGCUUCUGAAAUAACAAAAGUACAUUUUUUUAUAUUUGGAAUAUUUUCAUUUUCACGUCAACAAUGUAAAAUUACCGAUAUUAUUUAUCAGAUUAAUUGUAAUAUUAGAAGAUAUACAACAUCAUUUGAAAUUAUUCAAUAUGGAUUCCCAAUUAUUUUAUUGGCUCUACCAAAUUACUUUUAUAGUCAUGCCAUUAGAAUUGGAAGGGUCUUUUCAAAUAGGGAAUCAAGUUUAAAACAAAUAUUUAAAACAUCGGUCGAAUACUUUUAUAAUUUAUUUUUUGCAAACAAGAAAUGGCAAUUCCCAUUACAAUUGUCGAUUGGUUUUACCUCUGCAGUGAUUGGAUUUUGGUAUUUUGAAGGACGAAGAUACAAUGAAUUUGUAGUUCAUGGUGUUUGGGCUUGUGCAACGGUUGGUCUCGUCAUGUCUCCAUCGUUGGGAGCUACCAUCACUCGUGGUAUUCAUCGUGUCAUUGGUACUCUGUGUGGUGCACUUUUGGGUUUUGUAGUUGGUAUCAUUGUCGACAAGGUACCUACUGCUCCCAAGAUUGUCAUUCUCAUGCUGGUCACCUUUGUUUGGGUAUUCAACGUUGCCUUUAUCCAACAAGACGUUCGAUUUAGUUAUGCUGGUGCCGUUGCCGGCCUUACCUAUAUUAUCGUUGCCUAUGGUAGUUAUCAAUCCUUUUCCUACUAUAUCGGUGUUCUGAGAUCGUUCCACAUUGUGCUCGGUGUCGUUUGGGUGGUCAUCAUCUCCUUUUUCAUCUUUCCCUAUUUCACCUAUCGAAAGAGUAAAGUUGCACUCUAUGAAAUCACUUCAAACAUGUGUAAUACUUUUAUCAGAAUCAUUGAAAAUGGUCUACGAGUAGAUGGUCGUCAAAUAACAGACAUGGAACAAGAAAAGUUAAAUCAAGAAAAAGAAAAUCAAGAAAUUGCUACUUCUAUUCGUAAUAUUAGAAUGGCUUUAUCAAAACAAAAAAAUUCUCUUUAUGAUAUAAGAUCAGAAUUACUUUUAAAACCAAAAACAUCAUCAGCACCAUAUUUUGAAAUGAUUGAAAUUCUAAGUAGAACAUUUACAAGAUUGGUGGCAACUGAAGCAUCAUUUCAUUCGAUUUUUAGUAAUGAAAUCAUUUUGUCAAUGAAUCCAAUACUAUCAUCGUUGAAUCAAUUAUUGGAUGAAUUGAAAAAAUCAAAUCAGGAUAUUAAAACAUUGGUAUAUAAUAUGAAUAGACCUUAUGGCGAUGAGGAUAUUCCAAAGGUACUGGCCGAUGAUUUUAACAAACUGGAUACUAGUUUUCAAGCGGUUCGUCACAAACUCCUCAGAAAGAAAAUCCUCUUUAAUCUUCAUCCAGAAAUGAUUCAAUUUGGUAGUGGAAUGUAUUGUAUUCGAGACUUUAUCAAACAUGUUUGUAUUGUUCUUAGAGCUUUCCCUAAAAUUAAAAAAGAUAGAAGAUCAAAAUCAAUUCCUCAAUAUGAUCAUCAAAUUGAAAUGAAAGAAAUUAAUCAAGAUAAAACAACAACUACAACAUCAACUAUAGAUAUUCCUUUAAACAAUGAUAAUAAUAUAAAACAACAACCAACAGAGAUUCCAUCUUUAGUCGCUCCUCCUCAAAUCGAAGAAGAAAAGAGAAAUGAAACAGAAAAAUAA